AUGCCGGCAACGCACAGUCCCCCUGAUCGCGAGUGGUGGAAGGAGGCUGUCGUUUAUCAGAUAUACCCAGCCAGCUUCCUGGACUCUGAUGGAGAUGGUCUAGGUGAUCUCCCUGGCAUUAUCUCGAAGCUGGACUACAUCAAGUCGGUCGGGGCCGACACCAUUUGGCUUUCACCCAUCUUCAAGAGCCCUCAGAAUGACAUGGGCUACGAUAUCUCAGAUUACAGGGAAAUUCACCAACCCUAUGGCUCGAUCAAAGAUGCGGAGACAUUGAUCCAAGGUUGCCACGAGAGGGGUAUUAAAGUUCUCCUCGACUUGGUUGUCAACCACACCAGUGGCGAGCACGAAUGGUUCCGCGAAUCUAGAUCAUCUCGAACAUCCCCCAAGAGAGACUACUACUUCUGGAGAGAUCCUAAGUUCGACUCGGAUGGAAAUCGGAAACCACCCAACAACUGGGCCUCCCUGUUCGGCGGCAGUGCCUGGACCUGGGACGAGCACACAGGGCAAUACUACCUUUCGCUCUUCCUGCCCUCCCAGCCGGACCUCAACUGGGCUAACGAGGACAUGCGCCGCGCCACGUACGCAGACAUGGAGUUUUGGCUGGAGAAGGGCGCCGAUGGUUUCCGAAUCGACUCCAUGAACCUCAUGUCGAAACAUCCCGACCUCCCCGACGCCCCAGUCGCGUUCCCGGACAGGGAGUACCAGCCCGGAGCGCUGUACUAUGCCAGCGGCCCGCGCAUGCACGAGUACAUCCGCGAGAUGCGGGAGAAGGUGUUCGACAAGUAUAACUGCAUGACGGUCGGGGAGCUGGGCUUCACCAAGGACGAAGCCAGCGUGGCCUCGUACGUAGCUAGGGACAGGCACGAGCUGAACAUGCUGUUUACAGGCGACAUCGUCGACAUGGACUUUGGGCCGAACCACAAGUACGAGCGCGACGACUUCCGUCUUUCGAAGCUCAAGCAUAUUGUUGGUAUGUGGCAAAAGGCGAUGAUUAGGUGUGAUGGGUGGAACGCGAUUUAUAUGGACAACCACGACUCUGGCCGCUCGCUUUCACGGUACGCGUCCGACUUGCCCCAACACAGAAAGACUGCGGCGAAGAUGCUGGCGACGCACCUCGGCACUUUGUGCGGCACGCUGUUCCUUCUCCAGGGGCAGGAGAUCGGCAUGGCGAACGCGCCCGAGUCGUGGACCGUCGACGACUACAUCGAUGUCGAGGGGAAGAACUACUACGACAGUGUGCGACAGAAGCGCGGCCUAGACGCGGAUAUGAGCGACGUAAUGAGGGAGAUGAGGCUAAAGGCGAGAGACCACGGAAGACUGCCCAUGCAGUGGACGGCAGAGAAGCAUGGUGGGUUUACCAAGGGCUCCAAGCCGUGGAUGCGCGUCAACGACGACUUCGACGAGUGGAAUGUUGAGCAACAAGAACAUGACGAGGACAGUGUAUUGGCAUACUGGAGACAGUUGCUGGACAUGCGGCGUCAGGAGAAGGAUGUGUUUGUUUACGGUCGGUUCGACACGGUUGAUCAGUUUGACGACAGCGAGGAUGUAUACGUAUAUACCAUGACGAGCUAUGAUGGGAGGACAGCGGUGGUCUUGCUCAACUUUUCCAAUCGAGAGCAGGUGUUGAAGUUGGGACCUGGCUUUGAUGGAUGGAAAAGGUUGCUUGGGAGCACCUCGAAGAGCAUCAACAGAGAUGGUGUCAGUCUAAGACCAUACGAGGGUACAGUUUAUGCCAACUGGUAG